UCCUUCUUCUCCUCCUUCUCCUCCUCCAUGCAAACCCCCUCCCACUUUGCUAUUUCUCCUUCUCCUUCUCCUUCUCCUUCUUCUUCUCCUCCUCCUCCUCCUUCUCCUCCUCCUCCUCCUUCUUCUUCUUCCUCCUCCUUUUCCUCCUCCUCCUCCUCCUUUCUGCAAACCCACCUCCUUUUAGCACUUAUGAUGCUACCUCGUUUGGCUAAUGAAACAUCCUCAAGGAAACUUACCCAGCUUAGAGAGCACCAAGCACCCCUCCUAUUUAUUUUUUGUGAAGAUGACGUAGGUUGCAUCCAGCUUCCCAAAACAUGCUUUUCUGUUUCUCUUCUCCCUUUCUCUCGCCCCCCCAAAGAUCCAGAAGAUAAUUUGGCUCGAGGAGAAUUGUUCCUGCUGGUCUUGUCGGUUCUAUGCCUCCUCAUGACUUUUCCCAUUUCUCUCUGCUUCUGCUUACAGGUUGUUACCGAAUACGAAGAGCCGGUCAUCAUGAGGUUCGGACACAUACGGAAAAAUGUCUCAAGGGGGGCAGGCGUUUAUUUCAUUCUGCCCUGCACAGACACUCUUACCAAAGUCGAUAUGAGGACAAAGGCUCUUGAACUGCCAUUCCAAGAAAUUUUCACGAAAGACCCCCUGGUUAUUGAUGUCGAUGGAGUGGUCUAUUACCGAGUCCAAGAUGCCUUUCUUGCCGUAACCAAGGUGUCCGAUGCGGACGCGGCCACCAACCUUCUCGCCAAAGCCAUCAUGAAGAAUACGCUGGGGACUCAAACCCUUUCCCACCUCAUCUCCGACCGAGAAAAAAUUGCCAGAGAGAUCCAGGUCCUGCUGGACAAUGUCACAGCUGACUGGGGAGUCACAAUAGAACACGUGGAGAUCAAGAACGUGAAGACACGAGUAAAUGUAAGAGGUGACCAUUCCAGUUACCACGGCGAUGGAGAUGUGACUUUGCCACCAAUCCUCAUCUUGAUGACCUUCGCGGGUCGGUAAAACAAAGGAAAGCUGCAAUAAAAUCGCACAAAAAAAGGUCGUGAUUUCAUUUCGCAACCACUUGACAAUAAGAGCAGUGGUGGGAUUCAGCCGGUUCGCAUCACUUUGGGAGAACCGGUGGUUAACUUUCUGAGCAGUUUGGUGAACUGGUUGUUGGAAGAAAUCAUUAGAGCAGAGAACCGGUUGUUAAAUUAUUUAAAUCCCACUAUUGUGGUGGUGAGAAGAGGAGGAUGGCAAGUAGUCCUUGACUUAGGGCCGCAGUAAGAGCUCCCAAAUCUCUGUUGUGAAGCGAGGCAGUUGUUCAGUGAAUUUCGCCCUGUUUUAUGACUUUGUUUGCCCCCGCGAUUCUUAAGUGAAUCAUCGCAGUUGUUGAAGUUAGUAACCCCGGUUGAUAAGUGAACCCAGCUUCCUUCUGACUUUGCUCGCCAGAAGGUCACAAAAGGGGAUCACGUGACCCUGCCGUCGUCAUAUGUAUGAGUCACUUGCCAAGCCUCUGAAUGUGAAAAAUGGCCGUAGGUCACUUUUUUCCAGUACCGUUGUAACUUCGGUCACAAAAUGAACUGUUGUACGCCGAGCCAGGCCUGUAUUUUGGUCGGCUGCCUUACAACGAGCUUGGAUGAGCUGCAGAAUGGACCCCUGAACCCUACAGGUAGCUGAUCCCUGCCAAAGGUGAUAUGUAGCAGGUAAUUUGCUACAUACAAGUUACAACCUUUGUUACCUACCCUUAGUGAGGGGCGCAGAUUUUUAACAGAUUAACAGAGUUGGAAGGGACCUUGCGGGUCGUCUAGUCCAACCCCCCACCCAAGCAGACCCUACACCGUUUCUGACAGGUGGCAGUCCAGUCUCUUCUUGGAAGCUUCCAGUGAUGAAGCUCCCACAACUUCUGAAGGCAACUUUUGUUCCAUCGGUUGAUUGUUCUCACUGUCAGAAAAUUCCUCCUUAUUUCUAGGUUGAAUCUCUCGUUGGUCAGUUUCCAUCCAUUGUUCCUUGUCUGGCCUUCGGGUGCUUUGGAAAAUAGCUUGACCCCCCCCCUCCCCCGUCUUCUCUGUGGCAGCCCCUCAAAUAUUGGAAGACUGCUAUCCUGUCUCCCCUGGUCCUUCUCUUCACUAGACUAGCCAGGCCCAGUUCCUGCAACCGUUCUUCGUAUGUUCUAGAUUGGUGGAGCCCAUCUCUAAAGAGGCCUUUGCGUCUUCCGCAUCUUGAGCCUGCAGAGCAGAGUGUUAUAUUUUUAGGCGGACCCCGUGUUCACACAAACAACCCAUUCCUGGUCCAGUUUCACCCCUUUCCAGAUGUUGCUUAUCCUAAGACAUAAACAAGUACCUUCUGCAACUUUGGGAAUCGCAGAAGCGAAAGGCCGCAUAAAGCUAGCGGUUCGAAAUAUUGCAAGGGCUUUCCAGAUACCUCCUUAAGAACCUGUG